GCCGCAUCCAUGGCGGCCAUCAACGAUGUCGCGACGUGGGCCGGACUCGUGGGAGAAGGUCCGACAUCGGCCAAGGGGAGCCUGUACACCCUCCUAGGAAUCACAGGCGCGGAGCACCCCAGGGUCCUGGGGGGGAUCCCCAUGGCCGAUUUCGACGCGAUCAUCGACCGCUGGGUCAUCGAGAACAGAGACGAAGGCCUUCGCAAGGUCAAGAUGUCCAUCGUCAUCGACCAGUCGGACGACAGUGAGGUCGAGGUCCUGGACAGCAUAAAGGUUGCGGAGGCGUACGCGCGCUACCACGCGCGCAUCGGCGCCUUCCCACCAGCAGACGAGGAGCUCUCGGCCGAGCAGCUCUCGUGUCUCCAUUCGUUACUCGAGAACGGGAGGCCCCCCUACACCGACAUGGCGGUCUGGGGACCGUCCUACCACAGGCUCCAGAAGAAGAUUCGCCUCAAGGGGUCCCGGCUGCACCCGUCAGGCACGAUCACACCCGUGGAGUUGUACGGCCCUUGCGACUACGAGACGUGGGCCGAGUGCUACGCCGCGUUCAAGACAGGGGCCCUUAUGUUCAACCAGCUCACCCCCGCGCGCCUGGACGCCUACGAGAAGCACAUCAGGCACUACCACGAGCGCUACGGGCGCGACCAGUGGGCCAUCAUCUACCAGGCGGACGUCAGGGCGCGUCUGGAGCUCAGCGAGCGGCUCCGCAGGCGCGGCCAGGAAGAAGCGUCGCGGGCCGCUGCCACCGGCAAGCUCCACGACUUCGAUCCGCGAGCUCCCUGGGAGUGGGUCUGGAAGCACCUCGUCGAGGAGAGCUCGUUCUGGCACCGCGAGGUGGAGGGGCCUUGCCUGCUCGUGCUGGCCAAGACGAAGUCCCUCGGCACAAUGCUUGAGAACGAUGCGCCCGUCGAGGGCCACCGGGGCAGCGGCGCCAGUGGACAGAGCCAGGGCGCCAACAAGAGGAAGUCCAAGGCACCGUCGCAGAGGGACAGCGCGACGCCGCCCCCGGAGAAGGUGCACCGCGUCGACGAGCAGGGUCGGUACACGCACAACCGGAAGGGCGCAAAGCUAUGCGCCGACUUCCAGAGCGGCAGGUGCCAAGAUGGCCCCAUUACCGGCGUGUGCCCGCUCCAGCCGGGGCACCGGCACCAGUGCAACAGGUGCCUCUUGCCCAAGCACGGCGGCGAGGCCUGCAAGUCGGGCGCGAAGGGCGGGGGCCGCGGUGACUCAUGCUCUAAUGUGAAGCGACGACGCCUGGCAAGGCCGGUUGGGGCCGAGUCGCUGAGUGGAGCGUUGGGAGUGUGCGCCCCAACCAGCAUAGAUGCGCUCCCCUACGCCCAGCACGAUUUCCUGCAUCUCCCGAGCGGGUUGGCCAGGGGCCAGAGACACCUGCACGUCUUCAGCGGCCGGCGCGGCCGCGCUGGCAGCUUCGGCGAGGCGGUCAGGUCGAUGGGCGGCGAAUGCGUGGAGGUGGACGUCUGCAACGGCCCCGACUUCGAUUUGCUGAAUGAGGACAUCUUCGGGGCUGUAGUCAGCCAGAUCAGGAGCGGCGAGUACCGCGGCAUAUUGCUGGAGCCGCCUGCUUUCACGAAGACGGCCACCCUGAGAACAGGCAGCGGCGCCGAGAGAUAUGGCCGGAAGCACCUCAAGCCGAGCGAGACGAAGCAGGUCAAGGAGGGCACGCUGCUCGCCUUGCGCAGCCUGUCGGUGAUGGAGGAGGCGGCGACCGUCGAGUGCCCGGCCAUCCUGGUGCAGCCGCUGCUGGAGGACGACCCCGAGGCGAUCAGCAUGCUGAAGCUGGACGAGUUCGUCGACUUCCGCGAGCGCGAGCCGACGUGCAUGCUCACGCACUCCGCGCGUCCCAGCGCAGACGGGGCCCGCGGCGACAGGAUGAUGUCACUGCUGACGACGCGAGUGGACUGCUCGGACCUGUCGCCGCGCAGCCUGCCGCGGGCCGGCCGCGAAGAGCACUCCCGCCAGGCGGCGGCCGCGCAAGCAGACGCAGUUGGUCUCAACAAGUACUUCGCCGUCAAGCUUUGCUUGGGGGCUGGCGUGCCUGCGCCGGCGGCAGCGCAGGCGGCGAGCCCGGCCGCGUUCGCGAGGACGGGCUACUGGGGCAACUGCUUGAUCAGAUUGGAGCGCGGCGCCGGGUCCAAGACAGAGCAGAUGGACUCGAUAACGGUGAAGCCGUGCAUCGACUUCAGACACUCGCUCAAGGGGCCCAGAAAACUCACGAUGGGCCACUCCAAGGAGGAGGACAACCAGAAGUACGUCGGGGGCAUGAGGCAUCCGAGGCGCAGCCCGGAGUUCAUGAAGAACUACGGGACGGUCAGCCUGAUCAUCCGUAGGAAGAUCGAUGAUUAUCUCAACGACCACCCGGUGGCGGAGCGCCAGUGUCUCGAGGCCCUCGGGAGCGAGGACUUGGGUGCAGGGCCCGACGAAAACCACCAGCGGGAGAUUCGGAACAUCAUCGGCGCUUGCGUCCACGAGGCGAACCACGAGCCCGUGCAGGGCGAGCACUGCCAGUCGAGCAUCCGGGUCGACAUCCAGGAUCCGGGUAUCUUUCCGCCGGUGCACGGGCCCGACGACCGCGACGAGGGCGACCUGACGGAAACCCCAGACGCAGAGCUGAGAAACUACACCUCGGUUGAUGGCGACCCGCACGCCGACCCGGAGGUGGAGCGGCUGAAGGCGUCGGGAUUUGUCAAGACGUUCCACAGCAGGGAGGCCGUAGAGAAAUACCUCGGCGGGCCGCCUCAGGUCAGCAAGCUGGGCAUGAUCACCAAGGUGACGAAGGCGGGCAAGACCAAGAGACGCCUCAUUUUGGACUGCCGCGAGUCUGGCGUCAAUGCCAGGGUCAAGCAGCGGCAGCGCAUCGUCCUCCCUAGGCUGACGGACGUCAUCGACGAUGCGAUGUUCCUCGCACAGAGGGCCGAGCAGCACCCGGAGAUGGAGGUCGAGUGGAUGAUCUUGGAUUUCACGGACUGGUUCUUCCACGUCCCGUUGCGGCCCUGCGAGCGGAAGUAUUUCGUCGCGCACCACAAGGGCUGCUACCUCGUGUUCGUCACGAUGGCCCAGGGCAGUUGCAACGCCCCCCUGGUAUGCGGGCGCGUGGCCGCCAUGCUGGCGAGGCUCACGCAGAGCAUGUUCUCGCCGGAGGAGUGCCGCCAGCAGCUCUACGUGGGCGAUCCGUGCACGACAGCGGUUGGCACCAGACCGCAGCGGGAUCGCAUGUUCGCCACGAUCAUUAUCGUGUGGGCCGCGCUGGGCAUAGGUCUAGCCUACAGAAAGGCCUCUCGAGGGCAUUCGGUGGAGUGGAUCGGCGCCCGACUCACGGUCGAGGACACGCCGACGGAGCAGCGCCCCGGCGCGCAGCGCAGGAAGCAGGUGCGCGCCACGGCCAAGCAGGAGAUUUUCGAUGACGUCGCGGAGCUCAUCUCCAGCUUCCGGCAGCGGAAUGUGAUUCCGAUCAAGGAGGCGCUGGCGUUCGUGGGCAAAGCCAACCACAUCGCCGGGAUCGUGGAGGCUUGGAGGCCCUUCCUGCAGGACGUGUGGGGCGCCAUCGCCAGCAAUAGGAGCGGCGCUGCCUCGAACGCCCCUGCUCGGUGCGUCUGGCGGAAGCAGAUCGAGCACGUUUUGGAAUGGCUAUCUGCAUUUUACGCUGGAUCCGCCGGCGCCCUCUGCAGGGUGCACAGGGUCGACGCCUAUUUCGGCCGAGGCUGCCAAGUAGUGAUCACCACCGACGCGUCGCCCUGGGGAUUGGGCGGCUACCUCAAGAUAGGCAACGCCAUCUUGGAGUACUUUUCGUCACCACUCACUGAAGAAGACGAAAAGCAGCUGGAUACGCCGCGCGGGGACGCAGCAGGACAGCAAGUGUGGGAGGCACUCGCAAUGCUGCAGGCCCUGCGUCUCUGGCGAGAGUUCUGGCUGUCCGAGGGCGUGACGCUCGCGGCCACAUCGGACAGCGUCAGCACGCUGACAGUGAUCAUGAAGCUUCGCAGCCGCGCCGGAGCAGCUGGGCUCGGCCAGAUCGCUAGGGAGCUAGCGCUGGACUUCGGAGACUGCGCGUACAAGCCGCGCGUGCUCGAGCACCUGCCGGGCAUCGCAAACGACACUGCGGACGAGCUUAGCCGUAGGGCGCAGCCGGGCCAUAGGCUUAAGGCCCUAGCAGUGCUGAGCGGAGCGACAGAACGGCAUCCACUGAGAGGCAGCACGUUCUGGAAGGCCACUGCCGCCGCCGCUCGGAGCGGCAUUGGGGGCGCAGAGGGGCAGCAGUAG